AUGUUCAAUAUAUAUUACAAAGUUUCAGAUCAUUAUCAAGUUAAAGAUAUAGUUAUUAGUUACUUCAAAGAACAAAGAGUAACUAUAAUUAAUAUUUUACAUAAAAUCUCUAGCAAAAUUUCUUUAACAACAGACAUAUGGAUAUCAACUAUUAAUUAUAAAGCUUUCCUCAGAAUUACCAUUUACUAUAUAGAUCAUCAAUGGAAGUUUCAUCAAUUUUUGUUGGAUAUUGUUUUCUUUAAUAUGUGUCACAUAGGAGUAAAUAUAGCAAAUGAAAUUAAUAGAGUCUUAGUAGAAUUUAAUCUUCUAAAUAAAACAUUGGCCCUUACUACUAAUAACAAAUUAGCCAUGCUAGUUUGUGGGCAGGUCUUGGCAAAUAGCUUACUAACAGAAUUGGAUAAUCAAAGCUUUUAUCACUAUAGAUGUACUGCAUAUGUAUUAAAUUUAGCUGCACAUCAUGGGUUAGAGGUUAUUGAAAAAGAAAUUGCUAAUAUGCAUACAUUAAUAUCAAAAAUUAAAGUAUUAACAAGGCUAUAUGAUAAAUUAAGGAAUUUAUGUGCUGUGCAUAAGUUAGACUACUUGAAGCCAGAAUUAGACAUUGAAAUGAGAUAG